AUCUGGAGCAUCUCAAACACCCCCUAACAUUCCAGCUCCCGCGCCGCUCUACCGUCGUCGCUUGAGCUCUCUCGCUGGCGGACCGCCCCCCUCAUCCCUGCGGUCACGCGCGACCUCCAUGACCUCCACCGCUGCAGGUGCAGGAAGCGGUAGCUUGAACCCUCCGCAUUCGAACCCUAGCGGCGAUGGCGGCCCUAGGAUCCGGUCGCCGCCGGGGAAAGGGAAUAAGCCCGUCGCUCUCGCCGACAUCACUAACACUGGGAAGCCCAACGCCGCCAGAUCCAUCACCGUCCCCGACCUCGUUAAGGAGAACACCAAGUUGCUGACUCUGCUCAACGAGAAGACAAAGAUUAUUGACCUCAGCAGGGUUGAGAUAUACAAGCUCCGUCUUGCCCUGCAAGCAUCAAAGCAACAGAAUCUACACCUUACACAAACCAAUUCGCAGAUGCUUGCGGAAAUAAACACAGGGAAAGAUCGUAUUAAGAUGCUGCAGCAUGAGCUUUCUUGUACAACAGCACUGCUUAAAGUAAAGGAUUCAGAGCUUGAUAGAAAGAAAAACGCUGGUAAUGUACAGCAGAAGGGAGUAAAAUCUCAGGUCUUGAAAACCAAAGCUUCCACAGUAGCAGUAGAGGCUCACCACGUUGGUGACUCAGUAACCAGUGGUGUUGAACACCAUGUGGUUGAAUCUCAAUCUGCCGUAUCAUCAAAUACUGUCUGCCAGGAGCCACCACAAGAUGGAAAGCAAAAGAGAAUGCCUCAACGGAGAAGGUCUUCAAGACUGAACCAAGGUUCCUGUGAGAUCAGGGGAGUAUCUCAGAACACACUGCAUGAGAACCCUGUAGUGCCUGUAGCUCCUUCCACUUUAAGUCUUGAGAAACAGUAUGGACAAACCACUGGAAAACAUAUGAAGUCACUGCAAAAUGAGUGCAGUGCAACUGUGCAUGAAGUAAUAAUGGCUUCAGAAUUCGAGAAAACUGAGAUAAAUGAGCUACCACAAAAAACAGAUCUGAAGGAGAUACCAGAAGCAUGUUCCAGUGAAACUGAAGUUCAGUCUCAUAAAAUUGGUGAUAAGGCCUUCAACAGUAAACAAAACCAUUUGACAGGAAGCCAAUCAUCUUUGUCAUUCAAUACCGUUGACACCCCCGAGCCACCAGAAGACAACACUGUCAAGCGGUGCUCAAAAAAACGGUCAUCCAUAGAGGAUGUAAAUGCCAAACUAGACACGAUUACCAGUGAGCCAUUGCGACAUGAAGAAAAGAGAAAAUCUCGAAGGAAAAUAUCUGCAAGACUGAAUUCAGUAUCUUCUGAGCACACAGAUAUCGUUGUUGAGACUGAGCACAAAGAUGUUAUUGUUUCUUUGGCCGGUUCCACUUCAAAUGUCUCAAUGGAGCAGCGGACAAAUCAAGAGCAGGAUGGUGAUUGUUUCUCAAGGAAAUCCAAUGAAAAUCAGAUAUUAGGGAGGAGGUCUCUAAGACGAGCUGCUGAAAAGGUCGUCUCUUACAAGGAGAUGCCCUUGAAUGUUAAGAUGCGACGACCUUAACUGCCAGGAGGAUGACCAUGGUGACAUGUUGUAGCUUGCUGUCCUGACUAGCCUUAAGCAGGUAUCCUUCUGUUUUUUUGUGUGCUCCAGAAUCAGUGAUUGCUUGCACAUCUCGUUCUACUUCAAACGAACCACCAAACAGUGGCGAAGCUAGAGCAAACUUGAAGGUUGUACAAUUGUUUUGUGGGUGCAUAGACAUCAUGUGAUCGUUGUGUAUGUAAGAUGAAAGUUUGUUCUUUAUAAUUAGUUCUGCACUUUUUAGACUCCAACAGCGAACUCGUUAAAUAUAGGGGUUGGUCAGCUCCUUUCUCUUUUCAACAAGAGACUGUAAAAAGUCUGUAAUACCUAAAAUUCUAUUUUAGGAAAUGUCUUCUAAAAAUGGGUUCCCCACUUUA